UAACGUAUCCGAAUAUACAUACGUCAACACGUCGGCAGCAGCGCCAGCGUCACUUCCGCGUUCGUCUCUAAUGGCAACCGAGUGACCUCGAGCCUGUAAGGAUGGACUCCCUUACAGAGGGGGAAAUCGCGCUGAUAGCGACGCUUCAGAGGGAUGCUGGCAUCCGAAGGCUCAGCCAUCACUUCCAGUGGUUCGAGUUUAGUGGUGACAGGCUCUCCUUCCAUCAGGCGUUUGUAUAUGAUGUUGCUAUGUUCAUCACAGAGCGAGGCUUCUCCUGGGCCAAUGUGAUCCGCUCAGCUGUGCUUGCCAAAGACAUCUUCCCACAGCUGCAUGAUUUCGACAUACCCAAGUUCUGGUCGCUGCUAAGAUGUGUGCUGUGUGAGCAUUUACCAAACCUGACGCCUGUACACCGACAUGUAUUAACCCAGUACCUGAUGGACACCUGCAUCUCCAGAAGGAGGUUGUUCCAGGUGGUGGUAGGUGGAGUGGUUGAGGAGUCUGUAGCUCAGAAACAUCUGGAGGUACAGCUGCCGCCCACCCCCUGCCCUUUAGCACAGGGUACUGAUCUCCAGGAGUGGGAGGCACAGUCUCAGCAACAAACAAGACUCGCUUCGUCCCUGCAGCAGAUUGAAGAAAAACUGAGAUCUCUCAGAGCCGGGCCACGGGUCACUCUAAGGGACAUUAGUGUCCCAUCAGACGGGGAACUGAACAAAGAGACCAUUAUGGAGUUGGUUCAAUCUGCAAUUAGAACCGCAGAAGGCCAGAUCCUGGGAAGUCUGAGUCAAGAGGCGUCCCUGCUCUCAGAUAUCCUUCAGCUCAAACUGCAGCAGGAGGCUUUGGCCACUGGGCGGCACCACAACACAGCUAGUUCUCAAAUGGCAGCAACAAAGGCAAAGAAGCAAAAACAGAAGGAAAGACUGAAAACGCAAAGCAGGAGCUGAUUCAAUAAAAAGAGAAACUAAUACCAA